AUGCUAACUGAAUUUGCUGCUGCCCAAUUUCAGUCAUUUGUUUUACAAAACAUUGCACAAAUAAGGUUCCUUGACAUUCUGCAUGAGGCUCCUUUAUUUGGUCACCGGAAGCCUACUAGCAUUUUGGGGAGUAUAUUCUACUGUAUUUUGCUGGCAGGUUAUGCUAUUAUUGCUGCUGGAGCUACAUGGUUUUUUCACCCUCAACCGGAACUGAUUUCACCUUUGCUCUGUAGUUCUGAUGUCAUUCUUUUGGUAAUCACAGGUUUAUUUCAGCAAUACCUUGUCUAUCAAGUGCAGAAAAUACGGUUACAGGGUUACUACGUUUUCAGCCAAAAGUUGAAGCACAUUAUUCGCCUACCUUUUGCUGUUAUAGCAUGUGGAACUGCAGCUAUGCUGCUUAUCCAUGUCUGGGAAAUUUAUAUACGCUUUCUGUCCAUAUCAACAAUACUUAGGAUUAUUAUGCUAGCUGAGAUAAUUUGUGCUGCGUUCUUCAUGAGUGUCUAUAUUGGUUAUGUACACCAGUACAGUGCAUUGGAUUCUCAACCUGAUGUUUUGAAAUCAUUAUAUUCUCCACUUCAACCAUCCAGCUCUCUGGAAGAGUUAAGAUGCAUAUCCAAAGUUUGCUUUCUAUUUGUCAUUAUUGUAUUACCUUGAUGAAACUAGAAUGUAUAUUGUUGUAAAGCAGGAGUUUUCAUGUUCAACUGGCCUAUAAGGCAAAGUAUUAUGUAACAAAUCCAUGACAUCAUGAUGUAUUUGUGCUCACAAUCUUCUCUUCUACAUGAAUUCUUGCAUUUAUGAAGAUGUUCUCAGCAUCUAGAUAAAUGCUUUCAUGAUUGUUAUCCCAAUUUAAUUUUGGGAAUGAUU